AUGAACGAUGGAGCAGCUUGGGAACACUCACACAGAAUAGAACCGCCAACACCUACGGCUCAGAACCCGUGGGCCAGCUUACACUCCUCACAAGAGCCAUUCCAACCAUCAAAUAGAAGCACAUCGAACCUUCUAACGGUCACCGACGAGUAUGUGCCCCGCGGCAGAUCGACCUCGCUCGCUGGAGGCAGUAGCAGCACCACGAUCACAUACGCUACAUCGCGACUCGCAUCUAGCGAGAGAGAAGGAGACUCAUUGCUAGCUGCAGGCAUACGGCCGCGGAUUCGCCGCCAACGAAGCGAAAUAGGAUCACAAUCCGCCGAUGGUGUAGUCAAAGUUGACGAGGAUCAAGGAUUUCGGACAAACUCCUACUCAAAGCCUAGUUCAUCUGUCAUGUAUGCCGAUUCCGCUUCCGCUAACGGCUCCACACCCUCGUUGAGUAGCUACGCACCUACAUCCGCCUCUAGCACUCCCAAGCGACCCCUACAAUCCCGAAAGAUGUCGAACACAUUGAGUAACGACAAUCAACCUCACCCACGGGAUACCCAGCCUAGCGGCAACUCAUUCAUUAGCCCAGAGGCUGUAUCAGAUCCGUGGGACUGGGACGCAAAUGACAAGACACGAGAAGGCAAAGCACGCACAGCAUUGGUACAAGGAAAAGGAAAGCAGCGAGCAGGACUUGCAGGCCCCUUUUCCUCUGGUCUCAAGACCGUCUUUGGUUCAAAGCUCUGGGGAGAGGUCGAGACGUUGUGGAACGAGGCAAUUAGCCCAAUUAGUGGAUAUGAUCCUUCGGCAAAUGGCGGUCAAGGAGGUCACGCCUACCUGGACGUGUGGGGUCGUCCCAUUUCAAAGCCACCCGACGCUGAGCUCGGGAGAGGGAGAGAUACAAGGCCUGCAAGAGUACUGGAGGAUAUUCACGCCAAUGAAGCCCGUAGGGUGACGGGGCCUCUUGAAGAGAACGAUAUCUCGCAGACGACCACCCCUUCCUUGUCGAGACGGACAACAAGAGUCGAAAGGGAGACCCCGAAGACGCUUGUAUCUGACGCUGGUGUGGACAUACUCGGAGAAAUUGAGGGGACAAAGGCAAACGACACUGGCGAGGCAGAGGUGUUUGAGCACAAGGUCUUGCCUACAGACUCUUUGGCUGGAGUCGCGCUCAAGUAUGGCAUCACAGUUGCGCAACUGCGAAAAUGCAACAAGAUGUGGGCGUCGGACACGAUUCACCUGAGAAAGGUGCUUUAUAUCCCCGUUUCUUCAGUGAAUACCGGAAACACAGGUGGCAAUCUGGUUGGACGGUCCGGUGAACUCAUUGACUUAAGCCCCCGUCGACAACGUCGACAAGUCUCACAAGGCAAUGUCGUAGACUCUUCACCUUCAAAGUCUGAUUAUGGCAUUUCAAGCUCACCAUCUGGUUCCAACGUCUCUUUAUCAGCCUCAACUUCCUCUUUGACGCCAUCAAAGUCUCUCAACUCGACCCCUUCUAUGAAAAAGGUUCCCUUGUCCGAGCUCUCCUACUUUCCACCACCGUCAGUCCCCUCUACCUCGAUCUUCACCUCGAACCCUCACCCAUCCACCAUAUCUGCUGGUACUAUGCGACGCUGGGAACUGGAAAACGGAGUCACAUCCACUCCUUUCAGCACGCUAGGUCCACCUGGACCGUCACCUGGCCUUACAUCCAGCAGUCGAACAACAUCGCCGUCGAGAAGCCCACUCCCGACUUCCAUCUUCAACGUCUUCCCAUCCUUGAACGAGCUCAACAUUACCUCUCGUGUCUCCUUCGAAACAGUGAGGAGUGCGAGUGGAUCCACGCCAGGCAGUGGAAACGUUUCUGGAGACGAAGAUGUCGAGCUUGACGAACUGAAAGGAGCGGGUGCGACUUCGUCCGAGUCUACUCGUCAGAAGAUGAGGCGGAGGGUCAAGGUCAAGCAUCGUCCCAAUGAAUCGAUGGAAGAUAAGCAACCAUCUAGACUGUCUGGCGUCAUCACCAAGCAGCUUGCACCCAAGACCAUGGAGUUGCCAUCCCUGUCCAACUCUCCUCCAAGCGCGGGAUAUGGUAGUGGAUGGAUAGAUCCCAUGAGUCAUUAG